AAAAACCACGAAUUCGCAUGAUGAUGGCGUACGCCACGCUCCUCGCCCGUGUCCUCCUCCUACCAUCACGGUCAAUCUCCUCACUCCGUGCAACCAAACCGUCCAUCUCAACCGUCCGCGUACUCCAAUCUCAGUACACCACCAACACCAAUAGCCAAAAUCAUUAUGAGAAUGACAAGAGAGGCAAAUGGUUCACUUUACCUCCUUACACUUCGACUAUCAAUGGCAGCGUUUUGGGAAAAGCGCUUUCUGCAAGAAUCCCCGCAAAAUCAGCUUCUGAAACGACAGCGCUUAAGUGGGUACUUCGUUGUUGCCCUGAACUCCCUAGAAACCUUGUACAAAAGCUGUUUCGCUUAAGACAGGUACGAAGAGAGUCCCCUGUCAUGGAAAGUUGUAAUCUUGGUGAUCAAGGACAGGAACAUCGGCUGAAAAGAGUGGCAGCUAAGGAUUCGAUGGAUGUAGGAGAUAGAAUUUUUCUUCCAAUUAGUGUGAAAGUGUUACCUGCUGAGAAACAAGACUGUCAUUGCAAUGAAGAAGAAAUAAACUUUAUUCGUGGCCUUGAGCUGUAUAAGGAUGCUGCAAUCAUUGUUGUCAAUAAACCUCCCGGAAUGCCUGUUCAGGGUGGCAUUGGCAUCAAAAGAAGUUUAGAUGAAUUGUCAGCUAGUUGCUUUAGUUCUGACUACUCAGAACCCCCACGGCUGGUUCAUAGACUUGACAGAGAUUGCAGUGGUAUCUUGGUGAUGGGAAGGACACAAACAAGUGCGACAGUUUUGCAUGCCAUCUUCCGGGAGAAAACUCUUGCAGCAUCAAAUGAUGACGUGGGUAACAAAAGAAGAAUCCUGCAAAGAAAAUACUGGGCACUUGUCAUUGGUUCUCCAAGACGUCCAAAGGGAUUAAUUUCAGCACCAUUGGGAAAGGUGGUUGUGGACAAUGGAAAAUCUGAUCGAAUAACAGUGGUUGAGAAUUCACAAAACUUGUCUUCUCAGCAUGCAGUUACACAGUACAGAGUAAUUGAAUCAUCUCAUGGCUUCACGUGGUUGGAGCUGUCCCCUCUCACUGGUAGAAAGCAUCAGCUCCGUGUACACUGUGCUGAAGUAUUGGGGACGCCAAUAGUUGGAGACUACAAAUACGCAUGGCAAGCUCACAGGAAUUGGAAACAGUUGCCAUGGUCUAAUAUUGAAGAUAACUCAAAUGAUAAGUCCCUAAGUGAGAAAAUACUCCCUUUCGCCCUUGAUUUGGAUAGUGGUAGUAUCUCUGAAAAGCACCCCCGCCUACAUCUCCACUGCAAACAAAUGGUUUUACCCGAUGUAUCUAAAGCUUUGCAAGAUGUGCAAUUAUCUUCAGACUAUGACUUCUCACAAUUGGCUAGCCUCAAGUUUGAUGCUCCUUUACCUCCAUAUAUGAAAAAAAGUUGGGAUGUUUUGAGACCAUGAAUCAGUUAAGAAUCUUGCAAGGUUUGGGAUCUUCAUCUAUAAUGUGCCAACGUUUGAGGUCAAAUAGUGAGCGAGAGAGAGAGACAGAGAGAAAGAGGUAAAAAAUCAUCUCAGUAGGUUGUCUCGUCAAGCUUUGAUGAAUGGAUGUUGAACCAGUCAUCUCUAAUUUGGGGUUUCCCUUCUCUCUUUUUUUUUCCUGAAGUUGGUGGCAAGUACUGAAACUGAAAGCCUAACGAGAUGCAUCUCUCCUAUUACUGCUGAAAGCAGAUUUUGGUGGGGAUAAGGAAGUAGUCUGGCCAAGGAGUCAGGCAUUCAGCACAUAAUAUCAGGGAGAAUUGUUUUUCUUGCAUCAAGGGAAGCUGGCUUGGUUUCCAGCAGGAGGUAAUUGCUGAAAUGACAGGUUGUGACAGCCAGGGAAUGCAUUUAUUUCUGUAAAGAAUGAUCGAACUUGUUGCAGAUUGGGAUGCAAACGAUAUUAAAGCAACUAGGAAAAUGCCAUUGAGGUCAGAUUUCUUGAGUUGUGUUCUGAUAGAUGCAGGAGAGGAGAAUAAUAUUCAAUGAACGAAGAGAUGCCAACAGUUAAAUAAAUACUGGUAGAUAAUGUUUGAUUUUA